AUGGACCCAUCUGUGACGUUUCCAGGGGAAGUCACAAAAGCCACAUUUCCCUCACACCCAUUAUCCUGCAGUUCGAGCGAGCAACUCGGAAUUAUGAUACAGUCGAUCGUCAGUCCGAAGAUAGCGGAGCAGAUCUUUCGUCUGUACGAAGAGAGUUUCGCUCCGAAGUGUCCUGUUGUUGUGUUUCGAACUGGCACAACGGCCGCGCUUGUGCGAGAGACCAAGCCGUUGCUCUUUCUGUCCAUAAUUAGCAUCGCUUCUGCUGGAUACUGCACCGUCGCCCAGCAGACAGACUUGGCAGUUAAGGCCAAGCUGUAUCUCGCAGAGCGAGCGAUUGUUUGUGGUGAAAAGUCAAUCGAGCUUGUUCAAGCUCUUCUGGUCGUGUCUUUUUGGUAUAGAGCACCCGAUAAUUAUAAGCAGAUGAACCUGAACCAGCUAGCGUCGAUUGCCACAACUAUGGCCAUAGAUCUCGGGUUGGAUAAUAUUGACGUGUCAAACCCAGCUGGUACAACCAAGGCGAUGUGGGAUCGGGUAGAAGCACAGCGUGCCUGGCUCGGUUGUCUUCUUUUGUCUGCAAGUCUUUCUAUAAUACUGAGGCGGCCCAAUUCGCUGGCCUGGAGCUCGCAGUAUAAUGACUAUGUUGCCGAUUUGCGACGGACCAAAGCAUCCCAGACCGAUGAGUUCCUUUGCACAAUUGUAACAUCGGAGCUUAUCUGCCACGCCGUAAGCCACGAGCUACUUCUAAGUGAUUCGGCCUCCUCGGUAUCCUUAUCCGACCCGGAAAUAUCAAUAAAAGUCCACCAACACAAAUCUCAAAUCGAAUGCCUGCCUCGCGACGAAAUAUCCUCUAUUGACAAAUGUCUUGUUGAAUUUGGCAGGUUUACUAACUUACUGUACCUGCAUGAGUUGGUCUUACAUGUCAACCACAACAUCAGUGAGUUCAAGGCACCGUUUAGUGUGAAGUCUUUGGAGACAUGCACCUUCAUCGACAUACACAAUCCCGACCCGUCUUGCUUUUCUAUGCUUCGCAGUAUCGUACAGGCGGCACAAGGACUGCUUGAUUGUUUCCUGAGCUUAUCCACGUCCGACAUUAUUGCUUUACCACCGCAUAUUUAUGGCGGUCGCGUGAUAUAUGCAAUGAUCCUUCUAUUGAAAAUACAUAAAGCAAUCACAUUAUCAGGGCAGGCAAGAAGUGACUAUGUUACUGCCGACGAAUUACAAGUGGAAGUGUACCUUGAACACCUCGUGCUCGUUUCGAAGAACCUUCUUACGAAAGAUGACCGCAGUGCUUUGAGCAGGGCAUUGCUAGUCAUGCCUCAGCUGAAGCAGUGGUUGCACAGUCACCAAACCAAGACCUUGCGCGGAUCAGAUGAAACGGAAAUGGCGCAACCUCUCCCAUUCCAGACUGGCGAUGGGUCAUUGAGCACUGCAGUACAAACGUCCACGGCAAAUCCUAGUGUGCCUUCGACCUACACACAACCGCCAACAAUAACCCACCUUGAGCCAAUGGAUGGACUUGAACAAUCUGACGUGCAUAUCCAGCCUGCACAAGCGUCUGACUACGAUAUUGUACAUAAUGGGGGCUCAGAAUUUGAGCCACAUCGGCAUGAACAGGCAUCUGACUCUUGGUUUUGGGAAUUCUUCAAUGUCGACAUGCUGCAUCAGAAUGCUCAUUCACUAUGA